ACUCCCCAAAGGAAAGCUGUGAACCCACUCACUCACCUCAAGACAGUCGCGAGCGCCGCGAUCCAAGCCGUUCGACUUCGGCGAACUCGCAAUCUUCGAGUAACCUUUCUCGCGGUAAGACGUGUGUGUCGAUCGAUCGCCGGACCAUCGUUGCGCUCCCAUUGGGGUCCCCAAGGCAGGCCCUAGCCCGCUCCACAAAGGUGUCGUGCUGCAUUUAGCGACCCAGGCCAGACCAUACAGAUAGAAAGGCUGAAAAGGAAGCUGAAGAAAAAGAUCUUACAUCUCUGGUCGUCGCGUCGGUGACCAAUGCUGUUCGGAGAUGAAGGAAAGGUGAAAAUAGUGUGCUUGGUGGCUUUCUUCUCGCUGACGAGAGUUGAGAUGGGUUUAUAGGUCUUUGUUUUGUGCAUUGUGUCGCCAGGAAUGUGUUUGGAAUUUUUUUAGCUGGCCUAGUUUCACUUUGGUUUCUGAAAUUUACAUCCAAAUCAAUGUAGAUGUGAAGAAAAUUUAUUUCAUAAAUUCAAAUCCUGUAGCACUUUGGAAAAUGAUCAAGAAUAUUUUAUUGAUCAUGGUAUAAAGGAAAACCUAGCAAAUCAACGUUGAGGUCCGUGUAUGCAACUGGCAACCGCAAAAGGUGGAGAGCAAAAAGAAGAAUUGUGCAACGUAAUCGAGCUCCGUGGUGUCCAAGAUUGGUACUAGUGUAUGUGAGUGGUCUGCAGUUUGAAAAGGUCCAUUUGGGUUGCAAGAAAUGAUCAACUAGCGAGUUUGAAUAAACUCGAAGGGGUCAAUCGAGUUAGUGAGUUGAUUAAUUCCAGAGUAAAGAAACCGUGAAAUCAUCCUAGGAGCGAAUGUGUGUGUCAUCACUACAUGUGUCCAUCGAGUUCUCAACAAACCACAGCUGAGCAGUAACGAAGAUCAACCAAUCAAUUAAAUCAAUAUAAUACAAGUGUAUUGACGUUCGUUAAGCCAAACGGAUAGAAAUGGUGAGACUCAAGGAAAUCCUCCACAGGAGGAGGAUGCUGAUUCAACGACUGGUUUUUGCCAGUGCAACCGUCUUGCUGUUUCUAGUCCAACCGGUUAAAUGCCAAAUCAUCAACCGAACGCCGCACUUCAUACCCGGAUCCGGCGACAUGUCUCGCUUCAGUCUACCGGAAAACACUCCAGUUGGCAGUGUUGUUUAUCAGCUGAGAGGCAUUGACCCUGAAGGAAGUAAGCUCCGGUACAGUAUAUCGGGACCCGUUUUCAGCGUGGAUCGCGAUAGCGGUGUCGUGCGGUUACGACAGUCGCUAGAUCGAGAGCUCCAGGACAGCGUGGAAGUAAUCAUCAGCAUAACAGACGAAGGCGUGCUUGGUACGGAACCGAACACCAUCUCGCUCAGGCGUGAAAUUCCUAUACGCGACUACAACGACAAUGCGCCGACGUUCGUUGGGCGGCCGUACAGCGCCUCGAUGAGCGAGUCCACCAAACCGGGAAGCACUGUCAAGAUUAGCCCGGAAAUAGUCGUCACCGAUCUCGACGAGGGAAUGAACGCAGAAGUAAAACUUUCCUGCUAUCUCGAUCCCACCAAAGAAAACGACGACAUCUGCGAAGUGUUUGAAGUGAAAACGGAAAAGAUUGCUCAAGGAAAAUUUGGAGCUACAAUCAUUUUGAAAAAGACCUUAGAUUUUGAAACUAGGCCGUCCUAUAUCCUGACAAUUCAGGCCAAGGAUGGAGCUGUUACAAAUCCACUGAAAUCGUAUGCUACCGUAGCCAUCACAAUCAUAGAUGUUCAGGAUCAACCUCCUGUGUUCAUCAACGCACCGUAUUCAGCAUCAAUCCCUGAGAAUACGCUUGAAGGGACGGUAGUUCUUACGAUCAAUGCAACCGAUGGGGAUACUGGAAGCCCACGACCUAUUGUAUUGACCCUUGAAAAUGAACCAAUGGGUCACUUCAAAUUACGAUUUAUUGGAAACCCUCGCGCGGGUAUAGCCGAACUUGUAACGACCGACCGACCUCUCGACCGAGAAGAUCCUAAAAUUACUAAAAAUGGUGGCGCAUAUACCUUUUCUGUGCGUGCCACAGAGCUGAUAAAUAAUGAAGUCCCUGGAGAUUCCACCAGCUCACAAAUUACCAUUGUUCUGACCGAUGUUGAUGACCACAUUCCCGUAUUCAACAAACCUUCCUUUGAAGUUUCAAUUCCGGAAAACUUAGAACACGAUACGCCUCUACCGGAUCUUGCAAUUAUCGUAACAGAUAUGGAUCUUGGCGCAAACAGUCGUUACACUCUGUCCCUUAGAAACAUUCACAACUCCGAAGGUGUGUUUGCCGUGGUACCAACGCAUGGUGAAGGACGAACACCCAUCGUCGUAAAAGUAGUAGACUCUUCAAAACUGGACUACGACGUACCGGAUGGUGAUAUGCGAAUCUUCAUAUUCGAUAUCGUUGCCUCUGUCAACGGGGAAGAAAAGUCAAAAACAGAAGUAACCGUUCAUCUACAGGACGCCAACGAUAACUCUCCUAUUUUUCCGCGAACUAAUUACAAACUUCAGGUCAAAGAAAACUCCCCCAAAGGUUAUAAAAUUGCGGAAAUUUCAGCAAUGGAUCACGACACCGGGAAGUUCGGUAAACUCACAUAUUCUGUGAAAGGCUUUGGAGCAGAGUACUUCUACACGGACCCACAGAAAGGUGGAGUGUUUGUAAAUCUAAACCUCGACUACGAAGAGCAAAAGAGCUACAGUUUGGCGCUGGUCGCAACUGAUGGAGGAAAACGAGAAACCAACGCAAAUUUAUUGAUUGACAUCAUGGACGUGAAUGACAACAGCCCGGCGUUCGAGUCGCUAGAGUACACUCGAACGAUUCGAGAAGGAGCCGUAGAGUUCGAACCGCAGUUCUUCGUACAUGCCACGGAUCUUGAUGGUCCGCAGCAGGGCGGAGGAAAAAUAACUUAUUCCAUUGAGUCCGAAAAUAGCAUCUCUGGACACGUCUUCACCGUAGAUCCAGACAGCGGAGAGAUCAAAAUAACCCGACCGGUAAACUCGAUGGACACGGAACGGGGACAAUAUGAGUUAAUUGUGGUGGCAACAGAUCACGGAGUUCCACCUCUGAAGAACGAUACACGGGUUCUGGUCAGAGUUGGAAUAUCUGGUAAUCAGCGACCGAUAUUCAAGGGAUUGUACACAAACGGAAAGAAUGACAUUCCGGGACCGCCAAGCUAUCGAGUCAGCAUACCGGAGAAUGCACCGGCAGGGUACAACGUAACAAGUGUCAGUGCUACGGAUCCGGAUGGAAUAGAUGAUCUGCUGAUGUACAAAAUCGUCGGUGCGAGCGAUAACUUCGAAAUCAACGAUCACACCGGCCUUAUCACCGUCGCUCGUGACGCUCGGCUCGAUCGGGACUCCAAUCCGGAAAGCUACUCCAUUGUCGUCAACGCCAUUGAUGCUGGCUUCCCUAUCCCGGAAACAGCCACCACUACCGUGUACGUCAAAAUCCAGGACGUCAAUGACAAACCUCCGAAAUUCAACCAACAAUCCUACACCGCAUAUGUGUCCGAGCGAAGCAGCGUUGACACUGAGGUGCUGCGGGUAACAGCUACGGACACGGAUGUCAAUGCCAGAAUCCUAUACUCGAUUGUAGAUCCCAUCACGGCCAAAACGAAGGCCGGUAUCCCACUGCACACAACUUCCACAUUCGACUACAAGACUGCCUUCCGAAUCAGUGAAGAUGAGGGCGUUAUCUACGUUAACAGUACCUUGGACUACAACUAUGCCGCUGUUAUAUCGCUCACGGUUCGAGCAGUUGAUGUGAAUGCCGAGUACAACGUCGAUAUGCAACAAGACCGAGCCGAAGUCACUCUCUACAUUCAGUCGUUCAAAGAUAUAAACCCAGUUUUCAAAAACAAAGGGUGGAACACGGUUAGACCGAAAAUCGAAGUCAAAGUUAAGGAGGAAUCUCCCAUUGGCAGCGCGGUGAUGAAACUGGAAGCUGAAGAUCCCGUAGCUGACGUCCCAAUUGUGGACUUUGAAAUGGUUAUGGCGGAUGUUGAUGGGUAUUUCAAACUGAACGAGAGAACUGGAGAUAUUAUUUUGAACAAGCGGUUAGACUACGAAACGAUCAACAAAACCCAUAUUAAUUUCGUGGUUCGCGCAACGACAAGCAAUCGGAAAAGGCAAUCCCUUGCUUACGUCAAUGUUACCAUUGAAAAUGUGAACGAUAAUGCUCCGGUGUUUGAAAAAGAAGUCUAUCGAGUGACGGUAAUGGAGUCAGAUCGGUAUCCUCAUCAGGUCAUGACCGUGAAGGCUACGGAUGCAGAUGCUGUCCUAACACAAAAAGAUGUGCUGCUGGGCUAUAAUUCAGUAUGGUACAGUAUAGCCGGCUCCCACUCUAAUCUAUUUACGAUAGAUAACCGGACCGGUGUAAUAAGCAUCGCCAAGGGUCAAAGUUUAGAUCGGGAGAAGCAAUCGGUGCUAAAACUAGUGAUCACCGCGGAGGAUUCGCCUGGAAAAGCAACUGAUGCCAAGCGGGGAUACGCUGAAGUGAUCAUUGAUGUGCUGGAUGUCAACGAUAAUGCACCGGUUUUCGGGCAGAAAUCCUACACGGCCGUCAUACCGGAGAAUGUAUUGGCUGAUACGUUCGUGAUUGCCAUCACGGCCAACGAUCCGGACGAGGGACCCGGUGGAGAAGUGCGGUAUGAAUUUCUCAAUGAAGGAGAAGCGAAUGGUCUACUUCAUAUCAACCCCAAAACGGGUGAAAUCAAAACGAAGGUGCUCCUCACCGGCAAAGGUCGUUCGGAUCCCUACGAGAUGGUCGUCCGAGCCCAGGACAGUGGAAGCCAGCUGCCGAAGCAACGCUCGCUGUACAGUGACGUCACGUUCAUCCUUUACAUAGGAGACAUCAGCGCAAACGAUGGAAUCCCCUUCUUCAUAGCGCCGAAAGUGGGACAAAUAGCCAACGUGACCGAGAACGCAACGAUCGGUGCACCAGUAUUCCAAGUGGUGGCCAGCGAUCCCGAUAGUCCUGCUACGCCAAGUGGCACGUUGCGCUAUCGUAUUCAACCGGACAUUGAGGAUGCUAAAUCGUUCAGGAUAGACUCGAAAACGGGGUUGAUUUCCACUACAAGGUCGUUGGAUCGUGAAACUAAGUCAAUGUACAAUAUAAUUAUUGAAGUGAGUGAUAUGGGCGAGCCCCCGCAAGCAUCAACUAUUGUUCUACGAAUCAACGUAUUGGACAUUGAUGAUCAUAAACCAAGGUUCUUAAGGGACAUUGACGCACAACCCAUUGAAAUGAUGGUUCUUGAAGAGCAGCCUGCUGGAUCGAUAGUAGGUAAUCUUUCAGCAAUAGACGAAGAUGUUGGAGAUAAUGGUGCCAUCGACUACGAAUUUAUAGAUGGUAAUGAACUAGGAUUAUUCAAAAUCUCUAGAACUGAAACCAAUGCUGCAAUCAUUACUACAACAGCACCGUUGGAUCGCGAAUCCUUGGAGCAAGUUAGUCUAACCAUCAAAUGCUUCAAGUAUAAGAUUGAUCCUGUUCCUACCAUAACGACCUACAACAAGUACGAUAAAUCCGAACAAAAGAUCAUCAUACAUGUGGCAGACAUUGACGACCACGCUCCCAAGUUCGAAAAAGAAAACCAAACUGUUGGAAUUCGUCACAAUGUUCCUAUAGAUACGCCCAUAGCGUCAUGCAGAGCCCGUGACGAAGAUUCAAGUGCGUCACCUAUUUUCUACAGUCUCGAAGACAUUACGUUUGUUCCGCAGUUUUAUCGAAGAGACAAUCAUACCGAAAACUAUAUGGCAGUCUUCAAUCUCAACAACUCCACCGGAGAUAUCCGUACUACACGGUCAAUGUCCGACUAUGUGGACGGGUUCUUCCAAAUGACUGUUCGUGCAAACAAUUCCUACAACGCGGAUCGUGUCACCGACAAUCAGUUAAGGAUCUUCGUCAUACGUGACAAGUCCUUGCUGCGAUUUGUCUUCUCAAAACCGCCCUCGGACAUCAACGCCGUACUCACCAACUUUGCGUCCGAGCUUCAAUCGCGGCUCACAGAACACAAUCUGGAAUUGUCUAUUUUCGACGCUCAAGUGCUAGCCAAACCGGAUCAUAGUUUAGAUUUCAGUUCCACAAGUUCCUGCUUCCAGCUAUCCCGACACGGUUCAGCCCUGCCACCAAUCGAGAUGAUGAAAAUUAUGGACAGCCAAGAGAUGAAGGAUGCCUUGAUAGAAACCUAUCUGAAGUACUCCGUCCACAAGAUAGAUUCGUGUUCCAUCGCGAGAAAAGCUCCCACGGCAGCACUGAUUGCAUCGUCGGGAACUUGGCUUGUGAUUUUGGCCGGAUUGAUUGGGUUCGCUGCGUUCGCUUCCACCAUGACUGCUUGCUGUUUGGCAAGAAGAUAUAAAAAUCAAAUCCGAUCAACGUCAUCGUCACAGCGAAUUGCCGGAUCCGAUAUCUACGGAAGUGCCACUCCAGUCUUGUACACUGAACCCAUCUACGGAGCGCUGUAGUAGAUAAAUGCCACAAUCCUCAGAAGAUAAAAAACCAACAAACUAUAGUCUGUACAAAACAAGUCAAACAAAAGUCAUGAUGUGCAAAACACCACAACAAAACUGCAUGCAUUUGCGUUUGUAGGUACGUGCGGUAUCACGUGCUUUGCAAGGCCAUGAAUCGGAACUGAAGACAUUAUGGGUAUAGCACGAUAAAAUAAUAAGUAACGAGUGGAAGUUGGUGCCCCGAGCCCCGUAUGGGUUGUUGAACGAACAGAGACCCGUGCGUUGCUGGGCGGCGGAUAAUAGCAUGUUAAGUUUCGACUAGAAAAAAAUUAAUGGGUAGAAUCAUAGUUAGGAGGAACUCUUAUUUAUUAUCAUUGUUUUUAAAAUAGACAUUCAAGAACGUGACAGGCGAAGUGAGUGUAGAGCUUACACUAUAAUCAACGUGAGUUUGAGUGCAUUCUGAGCUUUGGCGGUCCGAAUCAGACAUUUUGGACAGGUUGAGAAUGUAUCUCUGUAUGACUGGGACUGAAAUGUUGUUUGUAAAUAAAAAUGAAAAAUAAACGAAAUGGUAUUUUUCAGUGUACUUAAAUCAUUGAGGCUCAAUUGGGAAUCUUAUGUUAUAUCCAGAAUGUUCAAAAAGCCGAAGAAAAUGAUAAUGUCCGAUUGUCAUGGCAAACAAACAAUCGUACUUUUUUUUUCGUUUUACUGAUCAUUUUAGCGAAAAGUGCUAUUGCACUCCUGGAAGAUUUGCUAUUUUCAUUUGGGCCUUAAAAGUAUAUUCGAAAUUCCGCUACAACAUAUUUGUCCUACAAUGAAAAAUAAAAUUGACUCAAUAACUGAUCAAACUAAACUGAACCCUUUUCCGUACGUCGAAGUAAGGGCAUGAUAUUGAACAAUAACUAAGGAUUAUCUCUGUUAAAUUGCACAAAAUGUCCUGCUUCACGUGCUCGAGUCAUUAAUUACAUAAGAAAUACUUUAAAAUAACAUUAUUUAACAACACAUAAAGGAUUAUACCUCAUCAUCUGAACCGUCAAUACAAAAGCACGCUGAUCUUGCUCAUCAUCCAUCCCUCAUAUCGUUAGUAUUCCUCGUUUCAUAUACCAUUUAAUCAGACACGCACCACUGCAGCCCAGUUGUCACCCAAAGGAUUCGAGAAGAAGAAAAAAACACCACGAAUAAAAUUCAAAUUACAAGCGUAAAUCCGCUUUGAGGCGACAUCGACGAUAAAAAUCGCUCCGUUCAAACCAAUAAUAAAUACAUUUCACCGGCUAAUCCGGCCGAUCUCAUGGU